AUGGACAUUUUGGAUGCGGUGGCGCCACUGUUGCGUGUCUCACAGUUCUGCAACCUGUGGCAAUGGCGCCUGGACUCUGGCACAAGGCCACUGCAACGUUCCCGCUGGCUGGAGCUGUACAGUCUAACGGUUCUCUGCGUGUCCGUUGGCUACCUGUUGUACGGACUGUUUGACGAGAGUCGCACCACCGUCGACAGUGACAAUGAGACGAGCAACAUUGGCCACACGGUCGACUCCAUUCAGCUGGUGGGUAUUCGUGUGGCACACAUCAUAUCGCUGCUGGAGGCACUGUGGCAGCGGGAGGCACAGAGUCGAUUCUUUGCCCAACUGCGUGAGAUUGAUCGGGACUUUGCCAGCAUGUUGCACGUUCAGGUCGACAAUGACAAACUUCGGCGUCAAUUGUCGCGACAGGGCAUGUGGAUGUUGGCUGGUUAUGCAUUCAGUCAAGGAUUCAUCAUUGUUGCCAAGAUGAUCUCGCCUGAUAAUAAUUUCCCCAUCUAUUGGGUUUGCUAUCUGUUGCCGCUGCUCGUCUGUGGUCUGAGAUAUUUUCAGAUCUACACGGCUGUCUCAAUUCUUCACCAGCGUCUGGAGAUGCUCCUCAAUCUGCUGGAGUCACUGCAACUCAGAGAGUCGGAGCUACAGAAGCCCUAUGCCUGCAUGUGCAUCAAGGAGGCGCUACAAAUGCAAGUGGCAGCUGCUGCCUGCAUGCAACGUCUGAUCACCGCCAGGGUUCUCUAUCAACGCCUCUGGCUGUUGGUUGGCCUACUGAAUCGUUGCUAUGGUCUCUCUAUGCUCAUCAAUCUUGGCAACGACUUUCUGGCCAUUACCUCCAAUUGUUACUGGAUCUUCUUGAACUUUCGGCAAUUCGCCGCGUCUCCCUAUGAUUUCCUGCAGAUCUUGGGCAGCACCUUGUGGACUACCCCUCAUCUGGGCAAUGUUCUGGCCUUGGCAUUAUUGUGUGAACGUGCUGCCUACUUUACAACGCGCUUAGCUUUAAGUCUCCAUCACAUCCGUGUGGAUCUGCAGAAUGACAGUCAUAACGCUUUAAUCACACAGUUCUCCCUGCAGCUUCUUCAUCAACGUCUUUGCUUCAGUGCCGCCGGAUUCUUCAACGUUGACUGUACGCUGCUCUACACGAUUGUUGGAGCCACCACAACGUAUCUGAUCAUUUUAAUACAGUUUCAUAUGAGCGAGAUCAGCUUUAGCAUCGCCUCUGCCGGCGAAUAA